ACAACAAAAAUAGAAAGUGAAAGUGAAAGUAUUGUUGGCAAACAAACACUCAAAUGUUCGCGGAGCUCGUGCUUGUAUAAACAUAACACAACACUCGUUAAAUUCCGCGAAGAGCUGCAGACAGGAUGGACACGCGCACUGAGGAGCCCGUUCACGGCAGUAAGACGAACAAGAAAAGACACAUCCAGAGAAAAAGGAGUCCUUUACGAUACGCUCGCCAAUAUCGGCCAAGAUUUGAAGGGAAAAACCUGCAUUCACGUUUCAGGUUUUUCAGGACUAUGGAGGAACGGCGUUUUAUACGGCGCCCAAAUUUUGCACUGAGGUACCAGAGGCAUCAUACAUAUCAGUGGUCCAGCCUACAGCUAAGGCGUAAGCCCAGAGCAUUUCCUCCUUCCAGCCAGCAGUUCAACAAAGGCCUAAACAAGAAUAGCUCCACAGCACAUAUUGAACCCGGAAGAACAGACAUUUCUCGGCCAUCCUCUGGAAACAGACCAUCACUGUCAUCCACAGUGUCACAGAAACCCAGCAACAGAGAUGCUCUCUCGUCUGUGACAUGUGCUGGGGCACGAAACAGAGCUAUACAGAAGAAACAAGAGCAGAUAGAGGAGGUAUAUCGGCAGGACUGUGAUACAUUUGGCAUGGUUGUGAAGAUGUUGGUGGCCAAGGAUCCAUCCUUGGAGAAACCAAUUCAGCUGUCUCUGCGUGAGAACCUGAGGGACAUUGGCAUGCGUUGCAUCAAAGCCAUGGAGCAGUUCAUCCAUGAGUAUGAUUCCAGAGAGCUAGACACUCCAUCCACCUCCCAACUGCAUUCCAUCAAAUGAAGAUUGCAAACACAUGGCUAAAUUCAGCAACUUAUUAGCUUCUCAUGCACGCUAUACAUUCAACUUAAACACCCCACUUUAUCACGCCUUUAGCUAUAUUAGUGUUUCUUUAAACAAUUUUCAUAUACAUAGUCAAUAAAAUUACUUGUACUACACCUUUGUUUUCCUUUUGUUGGCAAACAGAGAAUGAUCCACGCAUCUGUCAUCCCACAGAACCAGUGGGAAAAGUCAACAAAAAUUAAAGAAUAUGAAAUAUAUGAAUAUAAUAGACAUGUCUGCAUUUUACAUUUUCUGCCUUAUUGUUGCUUGCAAAACAUAAUUGCAACACCUGUUCCUUGUUGAGAAACAAGCUUAAAAUAUUGGUGCUCAUCAGAUUAAAAAAUACAGAAUUUGUUGUAUAUUAAAGUUUUGUUGUAGAGUUUAAAACACACAUCAUGUGACAUCAUGUGAAAUGUUAGUUGCACUUGUGAUAAAAUAAA